AUGUGCGCAACUGACGAAACUAAAAAACACGAGCUUGAACUGGCGCGCAAAGAAAUAGAAAUUAAACAGCAAGAACUUGAAUAUCAGUGUGAAUUAGAGCAAGCGCGUAUUGAAGAAUCGGUCUGGCACGAGGCAUUGGAGGAAGAAACUGGUGAGCACGUGCAAGAUUCGUCAUAUGUGAAGCAGACGACAGUAAAUGAUUUCACUUCCGGUCAUGAACAGUCUGAUAAGAACAUAAGAAGUGCACACGACGACUGUGUAAUUAUAAAUACACCUAACAACACUCAUUUGGUAACGGAGCAACGUAAGAAUGGAUCAAUGAAUCAGAAUGCACAUCCAUCUGAGAAUGUAGUCACGAGCGUUUUGAGAAAUACAGACACUAAUGUUUUGAGAAAUACAGACACUAGCAUAGAAUCAGCUUUUCAGUUGCUGGCAAAUACGUUACAAGAAGGAUUCAACUUACCAAAGCCGGAGCUCCUGAGAUUCAGCGGUUCAACAUUGGAAUACUGCAAAUUUGUGAAUAACUUUGAAACAAACAUUGACUGUAAAGUUCGUGACGACAGGUUACGACUUAGUUACUUGAUACAAUACUGUGACGGAGAGGCAAAGAGUGCAAUAGAAGACUGUGUACUACUGAGUCCAAGUGAAGGUUAUAAACGAGCAAGAGACAUUUUGUACUCACGGUACGGUAGGCCACAUAACAUUGCUAGAACUUAUGUAGAUAAAAUUGUUAAUGGUCAUUCCUUAAAGGCAUCUGACACUAAUGGUCUUUCAGAUUUAGCACUUGAGAUGAGAAAAUGUGAAAUUACUUUGUCUCAGUUAGGAUUUAAGUCAGAUAUAGAUAACACAGACAACUUACGUCGCAUUGUUAGACGUUUGCCUAUGCACGUCCGCGGUAAACGGGUAGAUAUUGCACACUCAAUUACUGAGUCUGGUAGGGAACCGGGCUUUUCAGAUCUAGUGAAAUUUGUAGAAGAAAAGGCUCGAAUCGCCACUUCCCUAUAUGGCCUUGACCUUGCAAAUGAGAAGAGUCAUGGUAAGAUUGUUGAAGAUCGAACCUUUAAGUCAAAGCCAAGUCCUGCACCUCGUAGAAAUAAUGCUGUCAGUUUUGCUACGAAUAGUGCAGUAAACAAUUCUAUGUAUAAGCCGUCACGUAAGUGCUAUUGUUGUUCAGGUAGUUGUAAAGAUUUAGCUUCAUGUACGAAAUUUACAGCCAUGAAUUUAAAUGACAGGGAACAGUUUGUAAAAAAGAACAGACUUUGUUUCAAUUGUUUAAAGGGCAAACAUUUUUCUAACGUUUGUAGAAAACCUACUGGGUGCAAUGUAACAGAAUGUAAAUCUAGACACCACUUUCUUUUACAUAGUUGGGUAGAUAGUAAAUCUGAUCACACAAAUCAACAAUCCGUCGUAAAUUGCGCAACUAAAAGCGGAUCUUGUGUGAAGAACUGUUUAGGUAUAAUACCUGUACUUGUUAGAGGUAAAAGUGGGACAUACUGCAAGACUUAUGCUUUGCUUGACGAGGGAGCUGACCAGACAUUAUGUGAUGAACGAUUGUUGAAAAUGCUGAACCUAACCUCUAAACCUGUGACGUUCAAGAUGUCUACAGCAAGCUCUUCCGGUAUUAUCGUCGAAGGACAGGAAGUUGAGCUGCACGUGCAACCGGCGUCAGGUGGUAACGACGUUACGUUGAGAAAAGUUUGGUCAGUAAAAUCUCUUCCAGUAUCAACUAGAUCUGCUGCGAGAAACACGACAUCAGAGAUCUACCAUAUUUAUAUAAGAUAG